AGCCGUUCGGGCUCAGAGAAGUUGAAGAUUUUGCCUGAUCGUUGCAUCCAGUGCGCGAUGGGUGGACCGACGCUCUCCGCCGUGAGCGUGGAGGUGAAGGACCUCGUGGAGGUCAAGACUGCUUUAAUCUCGGUGUUCGACAAGACUGGACUUGAGGAGCUGGGCAAGUUCCUCGCCUCGAGGGGCGUCCACGUGCUCUCCACCGGCGGCACGGCGGCGAAGCUCCGGGAGUUCGGCUGCACCGUGCAGGACGUGGCGGACUACACCGGCUCCCCAGAGAUCCUCGACGGCCGCGUCAAGACGUUGCACCCCAAGGCAGGAUGAUGAGGAGGAGUAGGACCAGUGUAAACUCGAGACCCAUCAAAGAUGUUGCAGGGAACCC